AUGUCGGCGAUCACGGUCUCGCCCAUCAACCCUGCCAAACCCGACCUCGGGGCCCUGGUCGACAACAUCAACCUGGACAACCUCAGCGACACGGACUUCGACGCCCUCAGCACGGCGCUCUACACCUACAAUGUCAUCUGCAUCCGCAACCAAUCCAAGUGCACACCCAAAGCGCAAGCCGAGCUGACGCGCCGGUUCGACCCAACCGCCCGAUCCUACGGACACGGCAAGACCAUCGACGCCAAGCGCUCGAUCCUGCACCCGGACCUCAAGACCAUCCCGCACCAGCCCGAGGUGCAGGUCAUCGGCAACGGCUUCAUUCCUGCAUACGAGGGCCUGCAGAACGUCACGCUCAAGCACCCUCACCACCGCACGUUCCACCGGACGGCCAUCCCCGAGGCGCAGGACCUGGCCUUCACGCGCUUCUACCGCUGGCACAUCGACGCCGCGCUCUACGGGGACCUGCACCCGCCGCUCGUGACGUCGCUGCUCGCCGUGCAGGUCCCCCGCGGCCGCACGCAGACGGUGCUCUACGACGACGGCAGCGACGACAGGCUCGACGUCCCGCUCGGCACCACGGCCUUUGUCUCCGGGUACGCCAUGUUCGACAAGCUGAGCCCCGAGCAAAGGGCCCUCGCGAUGACGUCGCGCGUCGAGUACGCGCCCCAUCCGUACGUGUGGAUCUCGACGGCCAAGUCACGGUCCGACGGCCUCGGCAUGGUCUCCGAGGGUAAAGAGGUGCCCUUGAACGGACUCCCGCCCGUGGACCGCGCCACGGACAUCCAGAUCCUGCCCAUGGUGUGGCGGAACCCCGUGACGGGCCGGUUCGCGCUGCAGAUCCACCCGGCCGUCGUGCGCAAGAUCCACCUGCGUGACGGGCGCGUGGUCGACGACCUCGCAGAGGUGAGGGACAUUGUGCACGACUUGCAAAGGCCCGGUAUCGCGCCGGAGCUGGUCUACGCGCAUGAUUGGCGGGAGGGCGACCUGGUGCUGUUCAACAACCACGGCGUCCUGCAUAGCGUGGUCGGGGCUUUCGACAGGGAUGAGGUCCGGUUGUUUAGGCAAUGCAAUCUGGCGGCGAGCAGGCCGCCUGUUGGACCAGAGGCGGUGGAAUCGGCGCCAGUGUCGGUCGCGUGA